AUGAUUCUAUCACUCCAUAAGCAUGAAGAGCACACAUCCAAGAAGUUUCCGUGUGACUACGCUGCUGGUUGGUGCCAGCUAUCGACACCUCACCUCAUCAGGUGAAAGGAUGGAUACUGAUACCCUGCAAGGGGACCACGCCCCAGCCCAAGCCUCACAGCAGCAGCCAGCAGGAGACCAUGACACGCGUCCACAGCAGCACCCGAGUCUCCGGGCGCUUCCACACGGCACCGCCCCCAGGAUGGCACCACCCCGCCGCCAUGGAAACCCCGCCUAUAUUUGCAUGCAGCGGCGCCGGCGCGCCGUGCGGCUCCCUCCUUCCUUUCUCCCUCCCUCCUCCCUCCUCCCGCGGCGGCGGUAGCAGCCACCACGGCGGCGGCGGGAACGGCACGGAUGAGGCGCAUGUGCGCGGUGGACGGGCGCUGGGGCUGCAACGGCUCUCUGCGAAGAGGCCGGGCGGGGCUGGCCGCCGGGGUCGGCAGGGGGGGCCGCGGCGCCGGCGGGGCAGAGGAGCUGUCGGAGGCGGGCGGCGAGAAGGGCUGGCGGGGCCAGUCGCGGGGCUGCCCGCAGCAGCUGGCGGAGCGCUACGCGGACCUGGCGGCCAGCCACUGCGAGGCGCUGCGGCAGCGGGAGGAGCGCGAGUGGCACAACGCGCGGCUGCGUCUGGAGAACGCGCGGCUGCGCCUGGAGAACCGCCGCCUGCGCCGCGAGAACCGCUGCCUCUUCCGCCAGGCCCUGCUGGGGCCCGGCCCCCACGAGCCCGAGAAGGGCGAGCAGCCGGGCCCGGGCGGGGAGGCGGAGGCCCUGCGCGCACAGCUGGAGCGGCUGCAGCAGAAGCACCGCCGCGCCCUGCAGCAUCUGCGGCGCUGCCGGGAGCGGGCGGAGCUGGACGACGGGGAGCUGGAGGAACUGCUGCGAGACGACGAGCAGCCACCGUCUCCCCUCGAACCGCAGGAGCUCGCCGCCGCCCCAGUAGGCGGUCCCGAGGAGGAGGAGGAGGAGGCGGUGCUGCUGCCCUGCGUGAGCCUCGGCGGAGGGCGGGGCGGUGCAGUCCUUCCGCCCGCCCCGCGCAGCCCCGGGGAUGGGCCGCGGUGAGCCGGGCCGCGCUCCGGGAACUUGCUUCCCGAGUGCGCGGUUUGAUCCCCUCGCCUAAACGUGUGCCCGAGCAGCACUGCAGAAGCUGGGAAAGGGAUACUUGGAAGAGGCCGACCCUGUGGAUGAAGAGGGCCUCAAAGCCGCCGUUGUUGUGGAGAGAAUCUCCACUUUGGUCCCACAUCUCCUAAGAGCAGUGAACGGUACUGUUCAGGGGCUUCCUGGGGUUCACCUGCUCUCCCUGUGAGUUAGACAGAAUGUCGUAGGCCUCAUAGCACAGAGACUAUCAAAAGAUGGUUCUGGCCAAUUCCUAGUAGUCUGUUAAGUCAGCAGCACUCUGGUGAAAGCCACUGGUCCCUGGAGCUCCGUGUUGCCUGGGCACUGAAUGAGAAAUGACACCUGUGUCGCUAAGAAUGGACUUUGCUCACCCUCACGUAAAUACUGAUUUGUAUUUUGCACUUCUGCAUAAAAUCACAAUUGUUAAAUAAAAACGUGACACAGCAAA